UGGGGAAUGUACCAGGUCCAAUAAUGGCGAAUUUCCCUUUCUGACUUCAAGUAGUACAGUCCGACAAACUUCCGCUCGGUUUGUUGACAGUUAGUUUGCGAGUAACUUACUUUUAAUAAAGCAUAAUUUUAUUUUGAAAGUGUCAUAAUGACCGUUUUGCAAUUUCACUUAAAUUAAUUCGCCCGGUUUAUGGUUGCGGUGGUUUAGUUAGCUAGCAUGCUAACUGCUUUGCUUGUUAGCCAUAUUAGCUAUCUGGGUUAAGUCUCAAAUGGGAGCGUGUUCCCUACUUUGACGCACUAUGUACUAUGUUCGAAUGAUCAGUUUUUGUACGCUUUAUAGUGCACUUUAAUGUUUUAUUGAUUGAAUUUGCGAUUCAGCCCAGCUGAGGUAAAGCAUCAGAGUAAAACAGUAGCAGUGGUCGGAUUAUGAUUAUGAUUAGAUUUAUCUGUUAUGCUUUUGCUGGUUAUGAAUAAUUUGUGCAGCAUGGACACCGAGGGCAUUGAGAUUCGGAUAAAAACACCGGCCGGCGAUAUGGACUCAUCUGUGGACUGUCCGUCCUUGUUGAGCUUUAACGACUUACUGAUGGCAAUCAGAGAUGUGAUGCCUGAAGCUACAAUUACAGCGUUUGAAUAUGAGGAUGAAGUUGGUGACAGAAUUACAGUUCGAAGUGAUGAAGAACUCAAAGCAAUGUUGUCGUAUUACUGCAACACAGUAAUGGAACAGCGCAUGAACGGACACCUACCAGAGCCACUACAGAUCUUUCCUAGAGCCGGAAAGACUCCCGGGAUCCGGAACAUCCACGGCCUCAAGGUAAGCACACGGUCCGGAUCAUCGAGCAGUUGUGGAUCUCCUCCGGCCGAAUCUUUGUCCAACAACAGUUUAAAGAAGUCGUCAGCAGAGCUGAAGAAGAUCUUGACCAAUGGCCAGAUAAAUGAACAAGACAUUCAGUACCAGGAGCAGCUCGGCCAUGGAAACGGAGGAACCGUAUACAAAGCUUACCAUCUACUGGGGAAACGGGUACUCGCAGUGAAGGUCAUUCCUCUUGACAUCACAGCCGAACUGCAGAAGCAAAUCAUGUCUGAGCUGGAAAUCCUCUACAAGUGCGAUUCUCCAUACAUUAUAAAAUUCUACAGUGCUUUUUUCGUGGAGAACAGAAUAUCCAUCUGCACAGAGUUCAUGGAUGGUGGUUCUCUGGAUGUUUACAGAAGGAUUCCAGAGCACGUCCUGGGUCGGAUCGCUGUAGCAGUGGUGAAAGGACUGACGUAUUUGUGGAGCCUGAAGAUUUUGCACAGAGAUGUGAAGCCCUCCAACAUGCUAGUGAACACUCGAGGCCAGGUCAAGCUUUGUGACUUUGGAGUUAGCACACAGCUGGUAAACUCUAUAGCGAAGACCUACGUUGGAACCAAUGCGUACAUGGCGCCGGAGCGGAUAUCGGGGGACGAGUAUGGAAUUCAUUCAGACGUAUGGAGCUUAGGAAUCUCUUUCAUGGAGCUGGCUCUCGGUCUUUUCCCUUAUCCCCAGAUUCAGAAAAUCCAAGGUUCCUUAAUGCCUUUCCAGUUAUUGCAGUGCAUCGUUGAUGAGGAUCCUCCUGUGCUUCCGGUUGGUCAGUUCAGCGAGAAGUUCGUGCACUUUAUAACACAGUGCAUGAAAAAGCAGCCGAAAGAACGCCCUGCACCAAAUAACCUCAUGGACCAUCCCUUCAUCACGCAGUAUGACGACGGCAAUACCGAAGUAGUGUCCAUGUGGGUGUGUCGGAGCUUGGAGGACCGCAAGUCUCAGCAGGCUCAGGCGCACAUGUAACGGACCGUAGCACAAGGGGAGAAGUCUCCCGACUUUAAUACAUGAACUUACUUGAAGGAGAACGACCCACUCCAGGGCUCGUAAUCAGAUUCCAGAAUGGUUAUGAACUCUGAACGCUGGCUCUUAUAAUGUUACUUUGUUUUAUACAGUGUUUUGGACCGCUCGUGCAGGGUGCAGUAUAAGGACAUGUCUAGAAGAACUGUCUAGUUUUAAAUAUUGUUGCUGUAGAUGGACGUGUCUCAAAUGUCCGCAUUGAGCAGUAAAUUAACAGGAUAUACUUCAGGGUAAUAAUGAAUAGCUUGAUAUUAACACACCUUGUAGAAAAUAGAGCCCUUUUACCAGAGCGCCUAAUGCAUUGUUUUAAAUGUUAAUUUGAGGGAGAUGAACGGCGGAAAUACUGUAGUUCUAAAACCUUCCAACAUGCAUAGCUGGACCAGGAUUGGUGUUUUUUUAUUUACACCAAUCAGCAAUAACAUUGUUCACUUCACCUGUCAGUGGCUUUAAUGCUUUGGCUGAUUAGUGUGUUAUAUCGCUAUACACCGAUCAGCCAUAACAUUAAAACCAUCUCCUGGUUUCUACACACAC